AUGCCGGCCGGGCUCUCCUGGCCCGAGGCGGCGGCGCUGGGGCUGCUGGCCCCGGCUCUGCUGGUCACCCUGUGCCGGCACCUGUGGGCGCUGCGCUGGAGCCUCAGCCGGGACCGCGCCAGCGCCCUGCCCCUGCCCAAGGGCUCCAUGGGCUGGCCCUUCUUCGGGGAGACCCUGCACUGGCUGCUCCAGGGCUCCCGCUUCCACAGCUCGCGGCGGGAGAGGUACGGAAACGUCUUCAAGACCCACCUCCUGGGCCGGCCGGUGGUGCGGGUGACAGGCGCUGAGAACAUCCGCAAGAUCCUGCUGGGUGAGCACACGCUGGUCAGCACGCAGUGGCCCCAAAGCACGCAUAUCAUCCUGGGCUCCCAUACUCUGCUCAGCUCCACCGGUGAGCUGCACCGCCAGCGCCGCAAGAUCCUGGCCAGAGUCUUCAGCCGUGCCGCCCUGGAAAGCUACCUGCCGCGGAUCCAGAAGGUUGUGAGCUGGGAGCUGCGGGGCUGGUGCAUGGAGCCAGGCUCUAUCGCAGUUUAUUCCUCCGCUAAAACCUUAACUUUCCGCAUUGCAGCUCGGAUUCUGCUGGGGCUCCGCCUGGAGGAAAAGCAGUUCAAGGAUCUGGCCAAAACUUUUGAACAGCUGGUGGAGAACCUCUUCUCCCUGCCCCUCAACAUACCCUUCAGUGGGCUGCGCAAGGGAAUCAAAGCACGGGACAUGCUACAUAAGUUUAUGGAGAAGGCUAUUCAGGAAAAACUGCAGAGAAACAACCCCGAAGACCACAGUGAUGCUCUGGAUUUCAUAAUGAACAGUGCCAAGGAGCAUGGCAAAGAAUUCAGCAUGCAGGAGCUAAAGGAAUCAGCAAUUGAACUCAUAUUUGCUGCUUUUUUCACCACGGCUAGCGCUAGCACCUCUCUGAUCCUCCUGCUAUUGAAGCACCCCUCAGUGAUUGAAAAAAUAAGGCAGGAGCUGAUGUCCCAUGAGUUGUACCAGCAGAGUCAGUGCUGCCCUGCAGGAUCCUGCCUGGACACCUUGACCAUCCAGAGCAGGGACAGAGAGAAACCACUUUCCUCCUCCAUGGCCAAAGACAUUCACAAGGACCAGAGCCAGCCCCUGGCCCCAGUGGAGGAAGAUUCCCUCCAGCCCAGUGCCCUGCUGGAGCCCACUGUCCCCCAGGGCAAGCCCUGCUCUGGCCCCCAGCUCCUGGCUCCACCAGGGCAAAGCUGUCACUGCGCCUCGGACAUCAGCCUGGAGAAGCUGAGCCGCCUGCACUACCUGGACUGUGUGAUCAAGGAGGUGCUGCGGGUACUGCCCCCAGUCUCCGGAGGCUACAGGACGGCACUGCAGACUUUUGAGCUCGAUGGCUACCAGAUCCCCAAGGGCUGGAGCGUCAUGUACAGCAUCCGUGACACCCACGAGACAGCUGCUGUGUACCAGAGCCCCCCCGGCAGCUUUGACCCAGAGCGCUUUGCUGCGGGCCGGCCGGAGGCUGCAGGGCGCUUCCACUACAUCCCCUUCGGGGGAGGGGCACGGAGCUGCAUCGGCAAGGAGCUGGCACAGGCCAUCCUCAAGGUGCUGGCCAUUGAGCUGGUCAGCACGGCCCGCUGGGAGCUGGCCACCCCUGGCUACCCCAGCAUGCAGACCGUGCCCAUCGUGCACCCUGUCGAUGACGGGCUGCAGCUCUACUUCCACGCCUUGCAGCCCAGCCAAGGCCACGAGGCCUGAGCCAGGGGUACACUGCUCCCCUCAGCCCUGGAGCCAAUGCUCCGCAGCUGCCAGGAGCAGGUCUCUGCUGCCCCAGGCUGCGUGUUCUACAGAGUCACUGCCAAACAAAGGUCUUUCUAUUUUUCCUCCCCUAGGGUACAGGUGGGCAGGGUGCUGCAGUAGGGUGUCCUGCAGAGUCCUACUCCUGAGCACUGGGGCAAAACCUGCUGAAGCUGCUGGCAGGGUGCAUAUGCCAUGGGGGCUCAGUCAGCCCCUGCCACAUCACCAGCUACCAGGGGUGGGGAACAAAACUCCCAGACCCACAGCUAAGACUCCCAGGGUUAUCUCCUGUAGAUGUGUUAUAGGAGAGGCAGGACAAGCAUCCUGCACACUGUAGCUUUUUAGAUGAGAAGAGAGGGAAGGUGGGGGGGGCUCUGCAGGAAAACACAAGCCAGAGUUGCCCAAUCCACAGCAUCAACUCUUGCUAGAAUAAUUGGGUGUAAAGUGGUUUUUAUUGUAAAUAUUUAAUCUCAUUCAUGCACUUCCCAUUAGAGCUGGCACAAAGAGGACAACUCUCACCCAGUAGUAGUAGCUGUGCAAGUUGUGCUUGAGCACUGUGCUGCUGCUUAGGGUCUGCCAUGAAGCCCCCUCUGAGAUCCCCCCAGCCACAGCCUGCCCAUGGGAUUGGACUGAAGCAGGGGAGGGGGCUUUGGGUAGCAAAUGUUUAGAAUACAGACAUUUCUGAAUAUGUCUGGUUUAUGGUAGGAAGUCCCUUGUUCCUGAUGAUGCUGUUCACAUUGCAGAGGGGACAUUUGCAAGGUGACACAGGCCCUGUGGUAGCUGGCUGUCCGGCCAGACUGACUGUCACCUCUGUCAGCCCAGCUCUGCCAGGGAAAGUGUCAGGACAGCAGCUCCAUGUGUCCAUCCAGGAGGUGGUUCCCAAGGCUGAACAUGGGUGUGAGGACACCCUUUGAGAUGGCUUUUGAGUACCCCCACAGGGUAUUUCUCUCCCAUGUAAAAUAAAAUGAAGUGAGUCCUGUUGCUUGUGUACUGAGAACAGAGCUGGACCCAGGUCCUUGACCCACGUGUUUAUGCAUUUCUUUCACCUUCACUUUUAUUCCCCACUGUCAUGCAUUCUGUGUGAAUGCAACGGGAAAAUAAUCCUCCUUGUCCCACCAGAGCAUCCAUGCCUGGUGGUGUUGUGUGCUCUGUGUGAAGAACCAGCUUGACCUGUGAGGGCCAAAACAUGGCAUGAAGACAGUGUCCCUUUGGAAAGGCUUUGGGGAGCUCUCCAGUCUCCUGAAAUUCUAUCAUCAUUGUGCUUCAGUGCUGGAGAUGGCCUUGCCCUGGCCAGUCCCCCUUGCCUGUCCGUGCUGGAGCACUGCAGCAGGGCUGUGCUGGUGUUAGCUGUCAGAGGGCUGUGCAGCGGCCACCAGGCUACUUCGGGCAGAAAUCUGGCUCCCAAAUGUGACAGGUCAAAUUUGGAAAAGGUUGAACUGCAGGGCUAAGCUAAGUGCUAUUGGCAAGUCGACCCUGUAGUGAACCAGAGCCUCUAGCCUUUCUGACCUUGUCCUGAAAGGUGAAUCUUUUUGCCUAUCAGAGGUGAAAUCAGUAGAUGGUGGCUGCAAGUGCCAAUGACUAACUUUAAUUAGCAGGAGCUACUGGCUGACUUAGACCGCGGGCAGGGCUUGGGCAGGGCUGGGCCUGCAGGAAGGUCAGGGCUCCUCCAGCAGUGCACUUAAAAAUUACCCUGGGCGCCAACAAGCCCGCUGAAAAAUGUAACGUGA